CGGAUCAUUUCGUGUCUAUCUCUCACAGUCCGUCAGUUUCUGGAAGGACACAACAGCCCACCUGUUACCUGUGACCUUUCUAUCUGUAUCUUUUGAUCAUCUUCCAACUUUUCUAUCCACUUUCUAUUAUUAACAAGAGGGUCGUCUUCGUCUCUCUUUUAAGUUGUCAGUUUCUGGACACAGCCGCCUGCAACCUUUCUGUAUCUCUUAUCUUUCUGGUCAUCUACCAACUUCUCCCCCCUUUCCUACGGAUUUCUGGGCUUUCUGCUCCUCCUCUCCUUCCAAAUUUCACUUCACUUGGAAAUCUGAAGCUUCAGUCAAAGUUUAUUUUUCUUCCUACUGGUUUUCAGAUUUUGUUCGAACUUCAUCGAUGGGGUCUUUGAAGAACGAAGAGGAUUUAAGCUUGGAAGAGUCCAAUGAAGCUAUCUUAUAUGUUAAUGGUGUCCGGCGAGUACUGCCGGACGGAUUGGCUCACCUAACGCUUCUUGAGUAUCUUAAAGAUAUAGGCUUGACAGGAACAAAGUUGGGCUGUGGUGAAGGUGGUUGUGGGGCUUGUACAGUAAUGGUUUCUUAUUAUGAUCAAGUGUCAAAAAGAUCAAUGCAUCAUGCAGUCAAUGCAUGUUUGGCUCCUUUAUAUUCUUUAGAAGGGAUGCAUGUAAUUACAGUGGAAGGAAUUGGGAAUCGUCAGAAUGGUUUGCAUCCAGUCCAGGAGUCAUUAGCACGUGCUCAUGGCUCACAGUGUGGAUAUUGUACUCCUGGUUUUGUUAUGUCCAUGUAUGCAUUAUUGAGGUCCAGUAAAACACCUCCAAGUGAAGAACAGAUUGAAGAAUGCCUUGGUGGAAAUUUGUGUCGCUGCACUGGUUACAGACCAAUUAUUGAUGCUUUUCGGGUUUUUGCCAAAACUGAUAAUUCCUUGUACAAUAACCACUCCUCUGAAAGGCUUCUAGAAGAUCAGUUUGUUUGCCCUUCAACUGGGAAACCUUGCUCCUGUGGAUCUAAUGUUGUAAGUGUUAAUAAAGAUUUUGUAAAUUGUCACAACAGAUAUAGUCCUCUCUCUUAUACUGAAAUAGAUGGAAGCUCAUAUUGUGAAAAAGAGCUUAUAUUUCCUCCAGAGCUUCUGUUGCGGAAGAUAAAACCUUUGCAUUUGAAUGGAUUUGGUGGACUUAAGUGGUAUCGACCCUUAAAACUUAGACAAGUAUUGGAUUUGAAGUCUAGGUACCCAGAUGCUAAAUUGAUCGUUGGUAAUACUGAAGUAGGUAUUGAGAUGAAGUUGAAGAGAAUCCAGUACCAGGUAUUGAUUUCUGUUGGUCAUGUACCUGAACUUAAUACUUUAAGAAUGCGAGAUGAUGGGUUGGAGAUAGGUGCAGCUGUAAGAUUGACAGAACUGGUAGAAUUUUUAAAAAUGGCAGUAACUCAGCGUGCUGCUUAUGAAACUUCAUCUUGCAAAGCCUUAAUUGGACAGAUAAAAUGGUUUGCUGGGAAACAGAUACGAAAUGUUGCUUCUGUUGGUGGGAAUAUCUGUACUGCCAGUCCAAUAUCAGACUUGAACCCACUCUGGAUGGCUGCAGGAACAAAGUUCCAAAUAAUUGAUAGUGAAGGUAAUAUCAGAACAGCCCUAGCCAAAGAAUUCUUCCUGGGUUACCGUAAGGUAGAUCUGAAAAGAAAUGAGAUUUUACUUGGUAUCUUUUUACCUUGGACUCGGCCUUUUGAGUAUGUUAAAGAAUUCAAGCAGGCACACCGAAGGGAUGAUGAUAUUGCAAUUGUAAAUGCUGGAAUGCGUGUUCUUCUUGAAGAGAAUAGUGGCCAAUGGUCUGUUGCAGAUGCAUCAAUUGUUUAUGGUGGAGUUGCUCCUCUUUCUAUUUCUGCAUCAAAAACCCAACUUUUUCUUUCUGGAAAAACAUGGAAUCAGGAACUUAUGCAGGGUGCAUUGGGAGUAUUAGAAAAUGAUAUUGUUCUCAUGCAAGAUGCACCAGGUGGAAUGGUGGAGUUCCGCAAAUCUUUGAUGUUAAGUUUCUUCUUCAAAUUUUUCCUUUGGGUUUCUUAUCAGAUAGAUGGAGAACAGUCUUCUAGAAUGGGUCUAACACAUUCCCACCUAUCMGCAAUUCAACCCUUCUGCAGACUGCCAUCUACUGGAAGACAGAUUUAUGAAAUUAAGAAACAUGGAACAUCUGUUGGGUUACCUGAGGUUCAUCUCUCAUCCAGACUUCAGGUUACAGGGGAGGCGGAAUAUGUUGCUGACUUGCCCUUGCCUCCAAAUGGUUUAUAUGCUGCUUUGGUUUUGAGUAGUAAGCCUCAUGCUCGUAUACUCUCUAUAGAUGAUUCAGGGACCAAAUCUUUACCUGGAUUUGAAGGUUUGUUUCUUUCUAAAGAUGUACCUGGUGGUAAUAAUAUUGGAGCAGUUAUUGAUGAUGAAGAACUUUUUGCUUCAGAAUUUGUAACUUGUGUAGGUCAGGCUAUAGGGGUGGUUGUGGCCGAUACACAUGAAACUGCGAAAUUAGCUGCAAGAAAUGUCCACAUCCAGUAUGAAGAACUCCCUGCAAUUUUAUCCAUAAAGGAUGCCCUCAAAGCUAAUAGUUUCCAUCCUAAUUGUGAGAAAAACUUAGAAAAAGGGGAUGUGGAAGAUUGUUUCCAGUCAGGUUCUUGUUACAAUAUUAUAGAGGGAGAGGUUCAAGUAGGAGGUCAGGAGCACUUCUACUUUGAGACACAAAGUACUCUGAUUUGGACUAUGGAUGGUGGCAAUGAAGUUCAUAUGAUUUCAUCAACACAAGCCCCUCAAAAGCAUCAGAAAUAUGUGUCUCAUGUUCUUGGUCUUCCACAGUCAAAAGUUGUUUGCAAGACAAAGCGAAUAGGUGGUGGAUUUGGAGGAAAGGAAACAAGGUCAGCCUUUAUUGCUGCUGCAGCUUCUGUGCCGUCAUAUCUUCUAAAUCGACCUGUAAAGAUCACAUUAGACAGAGAUGUAGACAUGAUGAUAACUGGGCAACGGCAUAGCUUUCUUGGAAAGUACAAGGUUGGAUUCACAACUGAAGGCAAGAUUUUGGCAUUGGAUCUUGAAAUUUAUAACAAUGCUGGAAACUCAUUGGACCUAUCUCUGGCAGUUCUUGAGCGUGCCAUGUUCCAUUCAGAUAAUGUAUAUGACAUACCAAAUGUCAGGAUUAAGGGAAAUGUCUGUUUUACUAAUUUCCCAAGCCAUACAGCUUUUAGGGGAUUUGGUGGUCCACAAGGUAUGCUUAUUGCAGAAAAUUGGAUCCAACGAAUAGCCAUGRAACUUAAGAAGAGUGCUGAAGAGAUAAGGGAAAUUAAUUUUCAACAUGAAGGAUAUAUAUUGCAUUAUGGUCAAAAACUUCAGCAUUGUACCCUAACCUCACUUUGGAAUGAAUUGAAUUCAUCUUGUAACAUUUCAAAGGCUUGUAAGGAAGUUGACCUCUUUAAUUUGCACAACCGUUGGAAGAAGCGUGGAAUUUCUAUGGUUCCAACUAAAUUUGGGAUCUCCUUUACAACGAAGUUCAUGAAUCAGGCUGGUGCUCUUGUGCAAGUCUAUACUGAUGGAACCAUUUUAGUGACACAUGGGGGUGUUGAGAUGGGUCAAGGUUUACACACCAAGGUUGCACAGGUUGCUGCUUCAUCAUUUGGUGUUCCUCUCAAUUCUGUAUUUAUCUCAGAGACAAGCACUGACAAGGUACCUAAUGCAUCACCAACAGCUGCUUCUGCAAGCUCAGACAUGUAUGGAGCUGCAGUUUUAGAUGCUUGUGAGCAAAUAAAAGCGCGCAUGGAGCCUAUUGCUUCAAGAAAUAAGUAUAGUUCUUUUGCUGAGCUGGCAAAAGCUUGCCACAUGAUGCGAAUAGAUCUUUCUGCUCAUGGAUUUUAUAUUACACCGGAUAUUGGCUUUGAUUGGAAAAGUGGCAAAGGAAGUCCAUUCAACUACUUCACCUAUGGAGCUGCAUUUGCUGAGGUUGAAAUUGACACAUUGACUGGAGAUUUCCACACUAGAAGAGCAGAUGUUAUUUUGGAUCUUGGAUAUUCUAUUAAUCCAGCUAUUGAUGUUGGGCAGAUUGAAGGAGCCUUCAUACAAGGUCUAGGCUGGGUUGCUUUGGAAGAGCUAAAAUGGGGUGAUGCAGAUCACAAGUGGAUUAAACCAGGUUAUCUCUAUACGUGUGGACCUGGAAGCUACAAACUUCCUUCUGUGAAUGAUAUCCCUCUUGAAUUUAAUGUUUCACUUCUAAAGGGUGUUCCAAAUGUUAAAGCCAUACACUCAUCUAAGGCCGUAGGGGAGCCACCAUUCUUUCUUGCUUCAUCAGUUUUUUUCGCCAUAAAAGACGCAAUAAUAGCUGCAAGAAGAGAGGUUGGAUGUAAUGACUGGUUUCCACUUGAUAAUCCGGCAACCCCUGAAAGGAUUCGGAUGGCUUGUACAGAUGAAUUCACCAAACCAUUUGUUGGUUCAGAAUUCCGCCCUAAGCUUAGCGUGUGACUCAUUCUUAAUUCUUUUCUUUGUCUCUAUCCCGUUUCUAUGUGAAACUCGAACAUGUGCUUCAAAGUUCAAACAUGUACAUUCUUUAACUAUAGAAUUCCACCUUGUAACUUAUUCUGUAUAAAAAUUAAAAUGAUAUCAAUAUAAUUGCAAUCUUGAUUUAUAUA